GGCUAUAGCCUCAAGCUGAUUUUACAAACGGUAGUUUGGCCUCACGCUAGUCUGCCGAUGCGUUGAUGCCUAGGAAAUCUGGCACAUCCAAAGCCUGAGACACUUGGAUAGCCGCAGCAGCUCCACCCUCAUUCAACCUCGAAGGGAACCUCAACUUCAUGGCAUCUAACGUUUACUGUCCCUUUUGCGGCGUCAUCCUGCUUCCCGAUCCUUAUAGGGAUAAUCCAGAGCCUCCACAGGCCCACGCUCGCCCUUGGUACGCUGAAAUACGUGGAAUCUACUCAACCAAUGACCAGAUCACGAUCACCGGGCUAGGGAUAAUACUCUUCCGAAAUAAGCUCCACGCACCGAUCGAUAGCGAUGAAUCAUAUAUCGACGUGGGGAUUGAAGCGCUCGAAAGAUGGACUAUUUGCGACCCAUCUGAAAGCCGGUGGUGCUUUGCCUUUCACAACUCGUGCUGGAGAUUGCUCCUUCUUAGACUCGGACAUGCACAGGAUGGUGACGUCCACAAUAAGACGGCCAUUCUAGAGUCGAUCUUUCACCAGCUCUAUUCCAUACCUUGCCGCGACUACUCAAGCUUCCAAUGGGGCCACGAUUAUGGGGGCGCUGCGCAAACACACAUAUCGUUUGGGCGGACAGAGCCCGUGGAUCUGGGCUUACACUUCUACGCUGACCCCUGGGUGAUUCCCUCCAUCCAUGACCUGGAAGCGACCGCACCAGACUUCCACAAAGCACACGAUAUUCCGCUCUGGAAAGAGCGAGAAGGCGCCUCCCGAAUAACACUGGCUGUGGAGGGCAGAAAUUACCGGAACGAGAGGGUCGCUGGUAUUUCUGGUCCCUCCGCGCCCGACGACGGGCGGCAUCCACUCCCAUCCCAUCAUAACACGAUAUUGAAAAGGCGUACAAGGCCAGAGAAACCUAGGAACCAUAUGUUGAAUCGACUGUCGGCCGAGAUGAGAUUCGAGAUAUUCUCAUAUUUAUCAUUUGAUGAGCUUUUAAAUCUGAGACUCGUGUGUCGAGAUCUAGCUCUACAGGCAAGUAUCGAUACGCUGCCACAGUCGUACUGGCGCAGUAGGUUUUGUCUAGGUCAGGAGCUUGACUUUGUUUUCCCGUGUCUUUCGGAUACACGGGACUGGUGUCGGCUGUACUUUGGAACGAGGGCAUCUCUAAGCGCCAGAAUCCUACCCUUGAUCAAUCGAAAGAGGGUUCGCAAACUACUGGAACCCAUCGCGGCUCUUGUGGACCUAAAGGAUGUUUUGCAAAAUGGUCCAUACGGAUCUGUCUUUCACCCGGCGCCAGGUCAAGACGGCAACAUUCAGCUAACGGAUGGCGAGGGAGCUGAAAUUCCGCCUCCAGCCGUGCAGAUAGCGGGCUCUUUUUCCGGUCAGUUGGCCUGUACUGGCUCGGGUAAUAUCAUGGGUGAGGGAUGUCGUGAGCUUUACCACAGGGCACGAUCAUUUAUGGCCCCGCGUCGGCAGCAUCCGCGGCGGAUAGGUAUCUCAACCAUCAAAAUCGGCACACGAGGUUUUAUAUCUGGAAUAAACAUAUAUUCCUCGGGAGGGUGUAAUGUCGUCGGCCGUCUAGUCGGAUAUCACAACCCGGUGUCUGAGAAGUGGAUAGAGAUACCGUCCACAUCCGACGUGAAAGCUAUUUGCGUGGCCCUUUCCUCGGAAGGGCUCAAGGCUAUCAAAUUUAAAUUCGGAAAUUCGUAUGCAUCGGACUGGGUUGGCGAGAGCAAUGGCCCAGGGAUUGCUUAUGGCACGCUCACUAUUCCUGACGGGACAUAUUGCUGUUUCUUGGUUAUAGGUCUAGACCACUUCAAGAUCGUUUCGAUCGGCCUAGGGAAAUUGACAGACCGGUCCGGAGCUUCCGAGGAGUUUCCUCAAGGCGUGAUGGGCUCUUGUUGUUUACCGUCUCACUUGUGCUUGUGGACACCGCAUCCCCCACAGCACGAGGAUUCGGAAAUUAGCCCUCUUCUACCCUCCCAGCCUGCCAGGCCUUUUGAACCACUGACUAAUAUCGACUUCGGCGGCCCAAGAGGCCUGCUUCUCGCCUCCUUGACAAAACUUGUCUUCCACAUGGCCUCUGGUCCUUAUCCACUGAUGGGAAUAGAAGUAUUUUAUUGUGAUGGAAGGUCCGUACUUUUUGGCUCUAACAGGGGCUGCGGGAUCUCUUUUCUUAUCGCUGGCUCCCAGGGGGAGCGUAUCAUUGCUUUCAAUGUUCUAGAAGACAAUCGCAGAUACCACCCAGCCAGCGGGCUAGGUGGCGUGGAGGUUUCCACUAACUAUGGAAGAACUGCUACUUUUGCCCCUCUUCACUAUCGACUGAACGCUGCUGUUGGCCCGGUACCUAUUUUGCCAUUCGGCAACACCAUUACGGGAUUUGUUGGCCUUGUAUCAGAAUGCAGCAAUGACAUACCCAGAUCCGAACAACAUUUGAGCCAAACGCGGUUUAUCCGACUCGGCAUCCAAUCCCAAAAAUGUGACGAACAACCCGUAACUCCUGUCAUUCCGGAUCGCGAAUGCCAUCAUAUACCGAAUGAUCAGGUACUGUACGACGAACGGUUCUCUCACUUUAUAGAUGGCGCAAACCAGGGCAACUAUCAGACCUAUGCGUCACUAAAGAAUGUCCGGAAAAUCCAGGCAUCUACAGGCCUCCCCGCCCGAUCCAGAUGCCCUAGUCGCAUAUCCGGUUUGAAGAUCGAGUACUAUAGCCAUCCAACUCCCAGUGUAGUAGGACAAUGGAUGAAUCAGCUGGAUGAUGGUUUCGAACUGUCCCCAGUUGAGGAAGUCCAAUCGUUAACUAUAUGGUUUACUUCCGUAGGCUUCUCGACUGAAUGCCCGGGGCUGGAAGUGGGUCAGGUCACGGCCAUACAAAUUGAGACCAGUUGUUCUCGUAGUGUGACAUUUCGCUCUCCGGACUUUGAAUCUCUUCCACCUCGAAAACUGCAGCACCAGUACCAACGUAGCUCUGACGAGAAACUGACGGCUAUUUCAUGGAUACUGAAUGUAUCUUCUGAUCGCGUCCGAGCAGCCAUGUCUACAAACGAAAGUCAAAAGACUCAGAUGCUGGUCCCCAACCAAGAACCACCUUUCGACCUGGUACGCAAGCUUUACUUCCAAAGGCAGAGUGCCGGCGGCCAGAUAGAGACCAUAGUGACAGCGGAGGCAUACAUUCGAGACAGGGCGAUUGUUGGACUUGCUUUCACCUACACAUCCGGUACAAGUGCGAGGAUAGGUGAUUUCGAUACUGACAUCUGUCAAACAAUUCAAUUUGCAGAGAACGCUCGGAUUGUUGGUUUCUCGGCUGCGGCCGCAGAGCACGAGCUCAUCAAGAUCGAGUUCGAGGUUGAAGAGAAUGAGCAGCCUAGGCACAAGAAGCUUAGACCUUCCAUCAGUUCGCCCGAUAAGCCGGCCAAUGCAGUGGGAUAUGACUGGCGAGACGUAUGGUGUAAAGAUGAUGCAUCCGCGGAAAGCCAUCGACGACUCUUAACCAACGACAGGAUAUACGCACCUCCAAGGCAGUCAAAGCUAGUUGGCAUUUAUGUGGGUUGCCAGGCGUUUUCCCGUUUUGGAGCAUUAUACGAGCCCCAUGUUUCUCAAUAG